AUGGCCGACUCCGAACCUUUCCCUCUCCUCAACACCUCCGUCGACCAAUUGCACUCCGUCAUUGACCACCAUUCCUCAAAUUCCUCCCGCACUACGCGACGUCGGAAGUCCAGUGCCCUCGGCCAGGAUAUUCGUGCCGGUGACACAGGCCCUGCACUCGCAAGCUACACUGCCGGAGACAGCCCCAUCCCACCAGCCAUGAUCAGAUACACCUACCUCGUUCCCGCCAUCGUCAUCGCCAUCUUCGGCGGCGCAUACGCCGUAGACCCCUCCGACUCGAACACUGCCUCUCGCUUCAUCUUCCUCUCGUACCGUCUGCCUCCGGACCCGGCCAAGCCCGAUGCACCAAUUCAAUAUGGCAAAGGACUAUGGGACAUAGCCUUCGUGGGUUUCUGGACCAUCGUCCUCACUUUUACUCGCGAGUUCAUCAUGCAAGAAUUCUUGCGCCCGCUAGCUCGUGCCGCUGGUCUUCGGUCUCGCGGAAAGCAGGCUCGGUUCAUGGAGCAAAUGUAUACGGCUAUAUACUUUGCUUGUCUGGGUCCUGCCGGCUUGUAUGUCAUGAGCAAGACGCCUGUCUGGUACUUUAGCACACGAGGCAUGUACGAGGACUUUCCGCAUGUGUCUCACGAGGCCGGGUUCAAGUUCUAUUACCUAUUCCAGGCCGCGUACUGGGCACAACAAGCCCUCGUUCUGUUACUUGGCCUUGAGAAGCCUCGCAAGGACUUCAAGGAGUUGGUCGGGCACCACAUUGUUAGCCUUGCUCUGAUUGCCCUGAGUUACCGCUUUCACUUCACCUACAUGGGACUAGCUGUUUAUACCACUCACGACAUUAGCGACUUCUUCCUCGCUACUUCCAAGGUGCUCAACUACAUCGACUCGCCGAUUGUUGCACCAUACUUCUUCUUCUUCGUCAGUGUUUGGAUUUACCUGCGUCAUUACAUCAACCUCAAGAUCAUCUUGUCACUUUUCACCGAGUAUACCACUGUCGGCCCUUUCGAGUUGAACUGGGCCACCCAGCAGUACAAGUGCACCCUGUCUCAGUACAUCACCCUCGGCCUCCUGGGCUCUCUCCAAGCCCUGAACCUCUUUUGGCUUUUCCACAUCUUCCGCAUAGCUUAUCGCUUUCUUGCCUAUGACAUAGCCGAGGAUGACCGGAGCGAGGCGGAGGGCACGGAUGCCGAGGACGAAACCCAGCAGAAAGCUUUGCCUGCAGAGACGACCAACGGUCACACGACGGGCGCGAGUACCAGUGCGGCGGCAAAGGCCAGGGCUGUCAACGGCCGCGCGAGAUAA